GUCCUACUUAUUGCACAACAGCUGAUAAUGUAAACAAAACUAAAACACCGAAAGUAUGCUGACACUUCCCAAAAGAUUGUUACUAAUUCCAAGUGUUCUGAAUGUGUCACAUAAGCCAUUGUCCUUUUCAAAGGAUUUCAGCACAAGAGCUUCAGAUUAUGAUCAAUACUUUGAAGUGUUGGGUGUCAGGAAUGACAGUGACCAAGCAGCUGUUCGUGAUGCCUUCCUUAAACUGGCCAAAAAAUAUCACCCUGAUGGGGGCUAUGCAACUGCAAAUGCAAUAAAAUUCCAGCAGAUUGAGAAAGCUUACAGGAAGCUCAUGGAAAAAUUCAGCAGUGAUCGACAUAAUCAUAACAAGUGUGAGGGGGAGUUUGGACUGUAUUAUGAACAGAAAAUGAAGCAGAAAAUUAUGGAGGAAUUUGAAGAAGAGGAAGAAGAUAAAAAAAGGUUUGAUGUCAAGCAAACAGCCCCUCAACACCGUCAGUACCUGAGUUACGAAGGCAUAGGCAUAGGCACCCCAGCCCAGCGCCAGAAGCAGUAUUCCAAUUUCCAGGUCCUCAGAGCAUCAGAGAACGUGAUCGAUUACAAGGUCUCACAGAUAUCAUCACAGUACCCUGAGACCUCACUUGUUGAUAAGGACAGGGCAGCAGCAAAGAAGAUCCGUACGAGGUUUGGUAUUGAACGCAUUGUUGAUGACAUGAUCCAGGAAGCCAUGGCAAGGGGAGAUUUUGAUAAUUUGUCUAAUGCUGGAAAGCCCCUGGAGACUCGAAAUCACAAUCCUUAUGUGGAUACUGUCACUCAUAAACUCAAUGAGGUGCUGAUCAACAAUGGUUAUGCUCCAGAAUGGGUAAUGCUAGAGAAAGAGAUUCGGCAGGACAGGACCAGGAUCCGGGAAGCAUUGCUGAGAGAGAGAAGACGUAUAGGACAACUACCUCUUUCACCUGAAGAUGAAGAGAAGUGGAAAUCAGCUCUCAGUCGCCAAGCGGAAUCAAUAUCAGAGCUCAAUAAAAAGAUCAACAAGUAUAACCUAUUGGUACCAAUCCUCAGCAAACAAACAGUCCAUUUCCCACUUGCAAGGGAAUCUGAAAAAGUCCUAAAGGAGGGUCUUUCCAAAGAUCAGAUCCCAGCACAAGAAGAAGCAACAGAAAGUGGUGGAAGCAUUAGUGGGAAAUCUUCAGGCAUUCGUAAGUUGUUUGACCUGUUAACAGUACUUAGAAAUCCAUGAAAAUAUAAUCAUUUUGUUUUGUUUAUAGUGAUGCAGGUAUAGAUAUUUUAAUAGCUAGUAGAGUGCAGGUGAUAAAGAACAUGAUGUAACAUUGUAUAUACUUUGUAUUUUAUAGAUUUUUGUUGGAAUAGAUUAUCACAAGAAUUGUGAAGUGAUGUGUUGGUGAUGAAUGUAUAAAAUUGUAUUUGUUUGUAUGAUUUAAAGUCGCAUAGUAAUUGAUAUUUUAUGAUUUUAGUAAAGUGCAGGUGUUAAAGAUGCAUAAAAUGUUGUUUAUGUUGUAUCUUUUAAAUUUAUGCUGUAUUUAGUAUAUACUAUGUACUUUUAUGUGAUAUAGCAAAGAGCAAUAACAAUUCAUACUGUUGAUGCCGUUUUUGUUUCAGUGUACAGUAGUUUAUAUAAAUCAAUAUAUAAAUUUUACUGA